AUGAAUGUUAUUCCAAUGAAAGCCGUAAGGAAGAGAAGGCAUCCCAACCUCCGUAAGACUAAAUGUAUGAGUUGCAGAAAGCUCAAAAUUAAGUGUGACGAAGCCACUCCUAAAUGUGAGUACUGCUCACAUACAGAUAAGGAAUGCAUAUAUCCAACUGAGAAACAAUUGGACGUUAUACUAUCCGCAUCAGUCAAUGCACCAUCGUUAACAUCCAAUAGUAGGCGAUUGAAUGCUAGCACUUCUCACAUGAAUAUAUCCAAAUUUGAGUUGCGAUUGUUGUAUUAUUUUAAUCAAGUCUGCCUUACCGACCAAGCUGUUGAAAACCCAGGAAUGGAAAGAGUCUGGAAAAUCGAAGUUCCCAUGCUUUGGCAGCAAUCCGACUUGGUCAGACACAGUGUUUUUCUGCUUUCGGCAUUGAUACUCUCCAGCUUGUGCAAUUUAGAGGCAGUUUAUAAAGAAGACUAUAGUUUCGGCGAUAGUAACAAUUUUGAUAAUUGGACCACGGGUUUCUAUAAAGGAAGCAAAACCAAAGUUCUGGACACUAAUAGUACUUCAAUUGAGGAUAGAUGGAGCUCAAAGGUCCCAUUGUUUCCCUCGAAAGAUAAAAACUCCAAACAAUUGGUGAAUGAUAAACACGAUGUUGAUAAUGAAGACGUAGAUAAAUUUAAAGAGUUACUUUUUGAAAAGCUGAAUGAAUACUUUGUGAAGUCUCUAAGGAGGACUUAUGCAGUGAUGGAGAAUGUUCAGCGUCAGGAUAUGGUAGUGAAAAGUCAACACCAGGCUGCAGAAAUAGUUAUGUCUGGAAUAUUAUUGUUUUCCUUCUUAACAGUGCAACCUUACGGAUUAGUUCCCAUUAUUUCUGACGAUCCAAAAAUUACAGAUCUAGUUUCUAUGGUGAAAGGAAUAAAAGUAUCGAUGACUAAGUCAUUUCCAUUGCUCUAUUAUUCAAGUUUUGGCGAGAUCUUGAAAUCCAGUGAGCGAGUAUCUCUCCCUAUUCUCACCGAAGACGAUGUUUAUCCAAUAUGUGAGAAUUUGGAGAGGAACAUGCAAGAGUACUUUGAAAUAAAUCCUGAAAUAACUGAUGAGGAAAAGAAGCAUUUAGAAGGAGCCCUUUAUUUAUUAAAAGUUGUGAUUUAUAGAGCAAUUGAAAGUAGCAAACAAUGUCUGAUAUUAAGGUAUCUUUUCGUCGUUGAAGACUGGAUACUUGAGGAAGCAAAGCAAAGUAGGAACUUGCUUUGCUUAAAGAUACUUUUCAUUUAUGCAUGUCUCUGCUUGAUGGGUAAAGUAAGAAUAUCCCUUGAGCGUAGUAUAUUUUCAGACUACUUGCACUGGUACAAGAAUUUUAAUAUAGAGCAUUUUGGGGCAUGGCGAUACCCCGAUGACGAAGCAUUCUAUGAUCUAAUAAUUGAAAAGGGAUUAGUAGUAGAUGGUGUGAAUUUUGCAGUACUCAAAACCUUUGAUCCAUUGACAUAUAAUAUUGAAAACCACAAUACGUUAGAGCUGUACUAA